AUGAAACCAAAACCUCUGAAAAGUGUGUAAUUUUUAUUUUUUUUUCCCCUUCAACGAUGGCAAAGAUAGAGAUGGAAGUGGUAAAGGGUCUUGACAUAGAGAGAUACAUGGGACGGUGGUACGAGAUAGCCUCGUUCCCGUCGAGGUUUCAGCCCAAGAAUGGCGUGAACACAAGGGCGACGUACACGCUGAAAGAAGAUGGGACGGUGAAUGUGGUGAACGAGACUUGGACUGACGGCAAAAGGGGUUACAUACAAGGCACUGCCUACAAGGCUGAUCCCAAGAGUGAUGAGGCCAAGCUCAAAGUCAAGUUCUAUGUGCCUCCCUUUUUGCCCAUCAUCCCGGUUGUUGGUGAUUACUGGGUUUUGUACAUUGAUCCUGAUUACCAGGUUGCCCUUAUUGGCCAGCCCACCAGGAAGUACCUUUGGAUAUUGAGCAGGAAGACUCAUAUAGAUGAGGAUAUAUACAACCAGCUCGUUCAGAGAGCCGUGGAUGAGGGCUACGAUGUGAGCAAACUACACAAGACCCCACAGAGUGACCCUCCCCCGGAAGGAGAUGAAGGCCCCAAGGACACUAAGGGCAUCUGGUGGAUCAAAUCCAUCUUUGGAAAAUAGUUGUGAAAUAGCAUUUUGUGAUUUCAGUACACAGAUUAUAAAUAUGUUAAAUGCCGUUUGCAGAUUCUAGAUACUGGAUGUUUAGUGUUUUCUGAAUUUUCUGUUUGUUGAUAUCUGUAGUGUGAAUAUUACACUUUUAUGGAUGCAAA